UAAAUGUGCACGAGGGUCGAGUGUCUGAGUGAGUGAAUGUGUGUCGCGCAGAUUACAAAAAGGAAUCUACGGACAGAGAGCGCGCGGCAGCGCCCCGCAACCCGCAACACAAUGGUGCAGACCGAACCGCCGCAAUCGCACAUGGGAGUCCAGUUUGUCGGACCGUAGUGAACUGAAUUAUGCCCAGCGCCGAGAGAACUUUACCCGAACUCGAGAGGAACUCUUUCUUACACUGCGAAAUGGCGGAGAAAGGUUGUGAUGUGAACACCCUCAGCGUGCCAAUGGUCAUGCGUAGAGGAGGUUCAGAGACGUGUCUAGAUCUGGAUUCUGAUCUGGUGGUACGGGACAGCCCACGAUCACGUACUGGUCUGGACACCCUGCAGCAGAAAGUGCUAAAAGUGAAAGAGCAGCUGAGAAUUGAGCAAAAUUUACAGGAUGAGAACGUGGCUGAGUAUCUCAAACUCAUUAACAGUGCCGACAAGCAGCAGAGCAGCCGCAUCAAACAGGUGUUUGAGAAAAAGAACCAGAAAACGGCACACAAUAUCAUUCAGCUUCAGAAGAAGCUAGAGCAGUAUCAACGCAAGAUGAAGGAGUGUGACAUCUCAAAUGGGACCAAACACACGCCACCACACUCCAAAGAAAAUGAGAUGCCCAAAUACAACCUCAAGGAAAGUGUAGUCACAGGAAGUGGGCGCCACCCACAUUUGGACAAAGCCAAAACUAUUGGCCCGGGAGUUUCACUGUCGCCACCGUUCUUCUUCAGCAAAUCCAGAGAGAUUGCAAACCUCAUUCGCAACAAAUUUGGUAGCGCGGACAACAUUGCACACCUGAAGAGCACCAUGGAGACGGGAAGUGGGCUGCAGACAGAAGGGGGAGCCCGAAAUCUGAGCGGCAGCGCCACAAUAAGCCCUAAACCCAAAUACCCAAGUGAUGACGAGUGCUCCACAGAGACGUCAGUGUCGAUUGAGAGUAAUGGUCAUGUGACUGGAUCAGGUGUGACAGGGCAGCACAGUAUGUCUGGGAGAGAAGGAGGCCAAGGGGAAAACAGCAGCCGGCUGGUGGAAGCUUGGGAGGAGAUCAGGGAGUUGAGAGAGACUCAGAAUCUACUUGCAGAAGACAUUGAGACUCUGAAGACCCAGUUUAAAUGUGAAUUUGAGAAUAUUACACAAACACUACAAGAGGAGCGGUACAGGUGUGAGCGGUUGGAAGACCAGCUGAACGACCUCACAGAACUCCAUCAGAACGAGACCGCAAACCUCAAACAGGAGCUAGCCAGCAUCGAAGAGAAGAUGGCCUAUCAGGCUUGUGAACGAGCACGAGAUAUACAGGAUGCUUUAGAAGUUUGUCAGACGCGAGUGAGUAAGUUGGAGUUACAGCAACAACAGCAGCAGGUCUUGCAGUUGGAAAGCGCCGACGCCAAAGUGCUGCUGGGAAAAUGCAUCAACAUCAUGUUGGCCAUCGUCACCGUGAUCCUAGUCUGCGUCUCCACUGCUGCUAAGUUUUCCGCUCCACUGAUGAGGAGUCGUCUACACAUGUUUGGGACUUUCGUAUGUGUGUGCCUACUGGUGUAUAGCUGGAGCAACUGGGAGCAUUUGCAGUGUGCAAUAGAACGGAUGCUGCUGCCUAGAUGAGGGACAUGAAACACGUGUCUGCAUGCGUGUUCAGUGAUGUUCUCGUCAGAUAAAGUGCUCCUCCUGGGAUAUUCCCUUUACAAUGUGACUGUCCCAAGAUGAUGGCUUUAACACUUUCUCUUUUUUACAUUUUUUUGUCUGUUGUGUUUUUGUGUGGAUGUGAAAGAGUAUUCAUGAUGUACUGUAGCAGAAACGGGUCCAUCUCUGUGACUGUAUUGUGUUAUUUCAAAUAGAUUUUGUUAGCGGUCUUAAAAGUAAAGGUUAACCACCAUUUUACAUGUUUUAUGUGCUUAUUUUUUAGGUGGUGAUGGCUCACAAAAACACAUCUCGGUAAUAUUUCAUUCCACAACCAUAAGAAAAAAAUAUUUUGCAUAAAGAAAAUGAAGACUAAUUAGAGACCCUAGUGUUUUUGCGUUUUAUUUCAUAAUUGUUUUGUAUUGUGACAUUAUUGUCAUUAUAUAUUUUAUCAUGGGUGUUUUACUUUUGAGCAAUUCUCAUUAUUCUUGAUCAUUAUAAUUAGUUUCUUAUUACUGUGAUGCAUUUGAUUCUAUUAGGAAACAAGAAUUUACGAUCAUUUUAAUAAGUAACUUUUUUUCUUAUUUUGAUUGCAGUAAUGAGAAUGUUUGGGAGAUGUGUUUAAUUAUCAUACUGUUAGAAUG